GCUGCACUGCAUUAACAACUGCAAAAAUCCAUGAAGCUCUACAAGCAAUCAAGCUUGAUUCACAAGCGAGACAAUGAGAUCACCUCCGGCCAAAACUCCCCGUAUAUAUCCAGAACUCCAAAGCCCCCCAAAACUCUCCCCAGAUCCAUUAACUACCUCUUCAAAGAACAGCGCUUCUUGUUCAUCCUCGUCGGCAUUUUAAUCGGCUCCACAUUCUUCAUUUUCCAACCCACUCUUUCACGUUUAUCCCCACAUGAAACCGCCCAACCUUUCUCCAAUUCAAUAACUCGCCACACCCAGCAUUUCCCCUCGACUUUCGGCGCCAAAAUUGGGAGAGUUCCGGUGGAAAUCGGACGGCGGAGAUUGAGGAUUGUCGUGACGGGCGGGGCUGGAUUUGUUGGGAGUCAUUUGGUGGAUAAAUUGAUUAAUAGAGGUGAUGAAGUGAUCGCGAUCGAUAAUUUUUUCACUGGGAGGAAGGAGAAUUUGGUUCACCAUCUUGGGAAACCGAGGUUCGAGCUCAUUCGACACGAUGUCGUUGAGCCGAUUUUACUCGAAGUUGAUCAGAUCUAUCACUUGGCUUGCCCCGCCUCGCCGGUUCAUUACAAGUAUAAUCCUGUCAAGACUAUUAAGACAAAUGUGAUGGGUACUCUUAAUAUGUUGGGACUUGCAAAGAGAGUUGGAGCCAAGUUCCUGCUUACGAGCACAAGUGAGGUUUAUGGUGAUCCACUUGAGCAUCCACAGAAGGAGACGUAUUGGGGAAAUGUGAAUCCAAUUGGUGUGAGGAGCUGCUAUGAUGAAGGAAAGCGGACGGCAGAAACUUUAACGAUGGAUUAUCACCGAGGUGCAGGUGUUGAGGUAUGCAUUGCUCGUAUAUUUAAUACAUAUGGGCCUCGCAUGUGUUUAGAUGAUGGACGUGUUGUCAGCAAUUUUGUCUCUCAGGCCAUCCGCAAACAACCAAUGACUAUUUAUGGUGAUGGGAAACAGACACGGAGCUUCCAAUAUGUGUCUGACUUGGUGGAGGGAUUGGUGGCAUUGAUGGAAAGUGAGCAUGUCGGCCCUUUCAACAUGGGUAACCCUGGAGAAUUCACCAUGUUAGAGCUUGCUGAGGUCGUGAAAGAGAUAAUUGAUCCAAGUGCAACAAUAGAAUUCAAGCAAAAUACUGCUGAUGACCCUUCCAAGAGGAAGCCAGAUAUUAGUAAAGCAAAGGAGUUACUGAACUGGGAGCCAAAAAUAUCUCUGAGACAGGGUUUACCGCGCAUGGUAAGCGAUUUUAGGAAUCGCAUUUUGAAUGAAGAUGAGGGAAAAGGGAUAAAGUAAUAUUUACAGGAUUUUAACAUGUAAAGUUUGAAGAGCAUGUCUGUAUGUUGUUGAUUCAUUCUAUCAUAUUAUUAUUACAUUAAUUUACAUUAGUUGGAAA